AUGACUGUCAAAGACAGGCUGCUCAUGCGUAACGUCAACUACCGUGGCCGUCUCUAUGACAAGUUCCCAAAAAUCUAUAACGUGUAUGUGGUUGGAGUGGUGGCAUGUAUUUCAGGACUCAUGUUUGGGUUCGACAUCUCGUCGAUGUCUUCGAUGAUCGGCACAACGCACUACAAAAACUACUUUGACAACCCACAAUCCACGCGCCAGGGAGGUAUCACGGCGUCGAUGUCCGCUGGAUCGUUUUUUGGGUCGCUUGUGUCCUCUAACGUGACAGAUGUGUACGGGAGGCGGGUGUCGUUGCACCUGUGCUCUGCAUUCUGGAUUCUGGGUGCGAUCCUGCAAUGCGCUUCGCAAGACGUUGCCAUGUUGGUCGCGGGUCGUGUGAUCAGCGGGAUUGGCAUUGGGUUUGGCUCCUCUGUGGCCCCCGUUUACUGCUCUGAAGUAUCACCUCCCAACAUCAGAGGAACCAUUUGCGGACUUUUCCAGCUCAGUGUCACCGUGGGAAUUAUGAUUUUGUUUUACGUUGGUUACGGCUGCCACUUCAUCAACGGCACUGGGGCAUUCAGAGUCACUUGGGGGGUUCAGAUUGUCCCUGGACUGGUCUUGUUGGGAGCGACGUUUUUCUUGCCGGAAUCGCCCCGUUGGUUGGCCAACCACGAUCGCUGGGAAGAAGCUAGCGAGGUGGUGGCUUGCAUCGGUGCUCACGGAGACCGUGACGAUCCUCAGGUCAAGCUGCAAUUGGAGGAAAUCAAAGAACAGGUGUUGAUCGAUCAAGCUGCCAUGAAUUUCAGUUACCGUCAUUUGUUCCGCAAGAAGACACUCAGGAAAACGAUUGUCGGCACUUCUGCCCAGAUGUGGCAGCAGCUGUGUGGUAUGAAUGUGAUGAUGUACUACAUUGUGUACAUCUUCAAAAUGGCAGGCUACUCUGGUAACCAAGUUCUGGUCUCUGGCUCCAUCCAAUACGUUUUGAACGUGGUGAUGACCAUUCCAGCCCUGUUCCUUGUCGACAAAGCCGGCAGAAGGCCUGUUUUGAUUGUGGGUGGUAUUUUUAUGUUCACAUGGCUGUUUGUUGUAUCUGGUUUAUUGGCCACAUACUCGAAUCCCGAACCCAAUGGAUUCGACGGCGAUGACACCGUCAGAAUCAGCAUCCCUUCUAGUAACAAAGCUGCCGCAAGAGGCGUCAUUGCCGCCUGUUACCUAUUUGUAUGCUCUUUUGCACCUACAUGGGGCAUUGGUAUCUGGAUCUACUGCUCGGAGAUUUUUAACAACAUGGAGAGAGCCAAGGGUUCCGCUUUGUGUGCUUCCGUCAACUGGGCAUUUAACUUUGCCUUGGCAAUGUUUGUACCUUCGGCCUUCAAACAAAUCACUUGGAAGACCUACAUUAUUUUUGGAGUCUUCUCAGUGUGUCUCACCAUCCAAACAUAUUUAAUGUUCCCAGAAACGAAGGGCAAAACCUUGGAGGAAAUUGAUCAAAUGUGGGCCGACGAAAUACCUGCCUGGAAAACUGCCUCCUAUGUUCCAGAGCUACCAAUUGUGGAAGACGAAGAGGGCAACAAGCUGGGCUUGUUGGCCAGAGCGCAACACCUCGAGAACGCAAGGAGUGAAAAACCUAACUUUCAGCAUAACGACACUCUUGAAGACACCACGAGCUAUUCACAAUAA